AUGGGUCUCCUGCAAGUCGCCGCGCGCACCGUCUUUUUGCCAUUGCAUACUCUGAGAAGCGUCCUAACAACUACCCAACUCUUAGAGAUAUGGAACAAGGCCAAGAGUAAGGAGCGCGACGCCAUGCUCUGGGGAGACGAGGUCGAAUACCUGGUGGUGACCUACUCAAAGGAUGAGCCCAAGGUCCGCCUCUCACUCAGACAGGCCGAGAUUCUCACAGCACUCGCCGAGAGCCCCGACCUCGCAAAGGAAGGCGGCUGCGUACCGGACCUGCAAGAUGUUGCUAGGGAUAAAUCAGCCGUGACCCUCCCCGUCUUCCACCCGGAGUUCGGCCGCUUCAUGCUCGAGGCGACCCCCGGCAAGCCCUGGGGCAUCGGCUUCAAGGAACUCCUCGACGUCGAGCCCGACAUGAAGCUUCGCCGCAAGAUCGCAAAGGACCACAUGCACCCCAACGAGUAUCCCAUCACCCUCACCACCUUCCCGCGCCUCGGCUGCCCCGGCGACUUUACGGAGCCCUACUACCCGCCCUCCGGGUCCAAGCUCCGCUCCCAGUUCGUCCCGGACGAGAUCGCCAACCCGCACAUCCGCUUUCCGACCCUCGCCGCCAACAUCCGCUGGCGCCGCGGCCGCAAGGUCCAGGUCAACGUCCCCGUCUUCCACGACCGCAACACCCCCAACCCCUGGCGGGACCCGACGGUCAACUACGACCUGCACAACUGGCCCGAGGACGACGACGUCCGCACGGGCGGCGCCGCCCCCGACAACUUCAUCCACAUGGACGCCAUGGCCUUCGGCAUGGGCAGCUGCUGCCUCCAGAUCACCUUCCAGGCCAAGAACAUCACCGAGGGCCGCAAGAUGUACGACCAGCUCAGCCCGCUCGGCCCCAUCAUGCUCGCCCUGACGGCCGCCACGCCCGUGUAUAAGGGCUUCCUCGCAAACACCGACGUGCGGUGGAACCAGAUCAGCCGCGCCGUGGACUGCAGGACGCCCGAGGAGCUCGGCGAAAAGCCCCUGAAGAACGACCGCUGGCGGAUACCAAAGUCCCGCUACGCCUCCAACUCGACCUACAUCUCCACCGACCCGCGCCUGCGGCCCGAGUACCUGUACCCGGACCUCGUCAUCGACGAGGACAUCAAGGCCAAGCUCAUGGAGGGCGGGAUGGACGACCGCCUAGCCACCCACUUCGCCCACCUCUUCAUCCGCGACCCCAUCGUCGUCUUCGAGGAGGACCUCCAAGAGCUCGACCUUUCCAAGACGGACCACUUUGAGAACCUCCAGUCGACCAACUGGCAGCACAUGCGCUUCAAGCCCCCGCCCGCCGACAACAGCAUCGGCUGGCGGGUCGAGUUCCGCCCCAUGGAGAUCCAGCUGACCGACUUCGAGAACGCCGCCUUCUCCGUCUUCAUGGUCCUCGUCACCCGCGCCAUCCUCUCCUUCGACCUCAACUUCUACAUCCCCAUCACAAAGGUCGACGAGAACAUGGAGCGCGCGCACGCCGUCGACGCCGUCCUCAAGGAGCGCUUCUUCUUCCGCCGGAACCCCUUCUCCAGCCGCCACCGCAACCCCGUCGGCGACGAGUCGAGGCCCGGCUCCCGACCCGGGUCCGCCGUCCCGAGCCGGCCGCCGACGCCGGUCCUCCCCGUCGAGGACGAGUACGCCGAGAUGUCGGUCAACGACAUCAUCAACGGCAGCCCAGACGGCGAGUUCCCCGGCCUCAUCCCCCUCGUCGAGAGCUACCUCGACGGCGUCAACGUCGACGUCCAGACCCGCUGCGAGCUCGACACGUACCUGCGCCUCAUCAGCCAGCGCGCGAGCGGCAAGCUCGACACCGCCGCCCGCUGGCUGCGCAACUUCAUCGACGCCCACCCGGCCUACCAGCACGACAGCGUCGUGGGCGAGGACGUCCAGAAGGACAUCAUCGCGGCCGUCAUCGCCAUCGGGGAGCGGGAGACGGCGGGCCAGGGCUUCGCCGGGCUCGACGUCCACGGCCUCCCGCAGCUGCUCGGGAACUUCCGACGCGGCUGCGGAGGCUCGGCGUAA